UUUUUUUGCAGCAGAUGUGCAUGUGCAUUUUUAUUUUAAAAGAAAAUGGAGUGUAAAUCGCGUCAAGUGACGAAAAAGUGGAUCGUUGAUGGAAAGAUCAACGGGACUUUGCUUUUGGACGCGUUAUCUUCUUAUUGUUGCCAAAUAGUGGAUUUUGUGCUACAGAAUCGUUUCCAAACGCCGGAACUACACGUUGCUGAACAUUUCUUGAAUUUUGUGGAUGAAGCGCCUGAGCAAACGACGAGCUCAACAUCCUUGGGGCGUCGUAGGGGAAACUUCAACAUGAAAAGAAUGCGAUUGGUGGCGGAAAAUAUCCGCAAAACCCAUUCAGUUUGCGCUGAAGUGAAUGAGGCACUGAAUUACGCUUUCAUGGCGCACAUUUACGGUGAUAUUACUCUGAAAGAAGUUGAUCUCGUUAUUGGUCCCGUCCUAAACGCACCCAGAGAAAUUUAUCGAAUCAUGAUUCCUCCUCGUCACGCGCUUGUGGAUGCUGAUUCUCCCAAAGUUGUGGAACAACAAACGAAUCUGCUGAAGCGUCAAUUUCUUAUGUAUCUCUCAGCGUCAGAAGUGUUCGGUUUGUUUUUCAGAGAUAAUUUACGUCCGACUAGCACACGUAUUUGCAUUCGGACGGCACUGGAAGAUAAACUCACGACUCCGUUUGUUGCCAUGUCGAAGCUAAAUUGCGGAAAGAACGUGAAAGAACUUGUUCUGCGUUUAUCGCAGGCAAAUUGUGAAAGUGUUCUCAGUUGUGUUGAUGAUGCCUUCGACGACCUCAUGGCCCAGUACGGUUCAGAGCGACUGUGGCAAAAAAUGGUGGAUCGUGAACGAGAAGCUGUGAUGUAUCGUCUGUUGGACCAAAUUGAACUUCUUGAUCGUUCUUCGAGGUUGAAAGGAAUUCGUGCGUUCCUGUACGUAGCUCAGGGUACGUGGGGAGAAGUUCAGAGUGAUGAAGAGCAGUUGAUCUGGAGUAAAAAGAACUGCCUGUUGUUAUACAAGCAUGGCGUAUUCGAAGCGAUGGUACAGCAGCUGCGCUUGGAAAUUGAAGGAAGUCCUAGUCAUGGAACUUCUGGUUACAAGUCACCAGUGAGCUUGUCGGACUCAUUUGAGCUUCGAGCGAUUCUCAGCAUUUUGUACACGAUGAUUGAACUGCUUCGGUUGCCGUGUGAGGGAGAAAGUGAAGAUGAUGCGGAAUGCCGAGAGAGGAUGAAGCAAGAACUUGGUCAACCGUAUGACGACGAGUUGCUGGCCGUGAUACUAUUUUCGAUGAUCACCAAGUUUUGCUCAAAUAAUGCUCCGCGCUUCCCCAUGAAGAAAGUACUUCUUUUGCUGUGGAAGGUGCUUUUUGUUUCGCUGGGAGGCAUGCCACAUCUGGCUCGGAUGAAGAAUGAGAAAAGAAUCGCGUACGGCCUUCCUGCCGUGACGGAAGAUACGUUGGAAGUAGCCAAGAACAUUCGUCCCGCUACUCCACCUAUGUAUGCCAGCGAUAUGUUGGAGCAUUCGCAAGCUGCAUUCAGUGGCAGGGGUUUGGGAGGUGGGCGUGGUGGACUAUUGCGAAGAGGCUUGAUGAAACAAAGCUCUUUGGACGAUUCAUUUGACGGAGACAAUAGCUUGAACAACAAUAACGCUCAAAACAGUAACCAGGACGAUGACGAAGAGAAUGUCAAAGUGGACGACGACGCCGGAAACAAUCCUAGUAACGGUGAUAUUCAGGGAGCUGACGAGGAAUUGCGUGAGAUCGAGGAACGUCGGAGGAUGGAAGAGUCGGGCUUGGUUCCGGGUCCCCCGUCUCCCCGCCCUGCGACGCCGGUACCGCAUCGGGGGAAAGCUUUACCAUGGGCCCCGAAAGUGAGGAUGAAAGACGUGGAAACUUUCCUGGAGAAUGCGAGACUCAAGUUUUUCGGGUUCCCGUUGCGUGGUGAUCGUGCGUCUUUGGCUGGAUUGCCGAAACCGCUCCACGAAGGCUUGCGAAUAUUGCAGAAGCACAUGUACGUGUCGCUUGCCGAGAAGCAAAUAGAGGAAGAGGAAGAAGUGACGCGGCAUCCAUUGUCUCAUCCUGAGGACACUCCAGAUCGGAAUCCUGUCGAAGUUUUGUACCAGGCAAUGGUUCCAAGUCUUCCGCAAUACAUGAUCGCAAUUUUGAAGAUCCUUCUUGCUGCGUCGCCGACGUCAAAAACGAAAAUGGACUCCAUCAACAUCAUGGCUGACGUGCUUCCGGAGGAGAUGCCGAUCAGCGUGAUGCAGUCGAUGAAGCUGGGAAUCGAUGUGAAUCGGCAGAAGGAAAUAAUCGUGAUGGCUGUCUCGGGAAUCCUUUUGUUGCUGCUCAAGCAUCUUAAGCUGAAUCAUGUGUAUCAGUUUGAGUUCCUGAGUCAACACCUCGUGUUCGCCAAUUGUGUUCCAUUGAUUUUGAAAUUUCUCAAUCAAAACAUCUCUGCGUAUGUUUCGGCAAAGAAUAACGUGGCGUUGAUUGAUUUCCCUUCUUGCGUGUUGAACAACACGAAUGACCUGACGGAGGAAAACCUUGAGAUAGGCUGUUCCCCCGGUGGAGGUUCGCAAUCAUCAGAUCAAAAUCUAGCAAAGGUUUGUUGGCGUAACAUGGCGUCUACGGUGAAUCUCCUUCGCAUCCUCAAUAAGCUGACCAAAUGGAAGCACUCCAGAAUAAUGAUGCUAGUCGUGUUCAAAUCUGCGCCGAUUUUAAAACGGAGUCUGAAGGUGCGGCAUGCUUUACUGCAAUUGUACAUUCUAAAACUUCUCAAGAUGCAAACGAAGUACUUGGGACGGCAGUGGCGGAAAGGCAACAUGAAGAUUUUGUCUGCGAUUUACAGCAAGGUUCGUCAUCGGCUCAACGACGACUGGGCAUUUGGAAAUGAUUUGAAUGCCAGGCCGUGGGAUUUCCAAGCGGAUGAAUGCUCGCUGAGGGCGAAUGUCGAUCGCUUCAACAAUCGAAGAUAUGGGACGGGAGCUGUUGAUCCAGAUUUCGAACCAAUGGACACCUGGGUGGCAAGUGCUCUAGCCGUUGACAUUGAGUUGACGGACGAUUUCAAACAAAGAUACGAAGUCUGGCUACAACACGAAGUGUUCAGCAAUGCCAUCGAUUGGGACCAGCUAAUAACCAAACCCAAGAAGACGACUUGAUUCGUUCUCUGACGACGAUCUGAUUUUCUUUCCAUCCUUUUCUUGGCCGAAAUUGGAUGCGUUUCUUUUUUUUAAAUGUGAGAUCUUCCCUUUUUCGUUGAAGGACUUGAAUGACUUUGUAUUGCAUGAUCGGAAGAAAUCAGGACUGGUGAAUAUGAAGCCCUAAUCAAUCAUUUUGGAUGGAGAAUUGAGAUAAACGGUAGAUUGUUUUUGAAUACA